GUUGCAUCCAAGACUCCAACGCCAGCUAUACGGACCCAAGACGGCAUCUGUUGGCAUUCAGACCCCUCGAGUUGAUCGCGAUAGACUUCCUCAAGCUUGACAAAGGCCAAGGUGGAUAUGAGGAUGUCUUAGUAAUCACAGACGCCUUCACCAAAUUUGCUCAAGCCAUUCCUUGCAAGAACCAAACUGCCGCAGUAGUAGCACAUGCUUUGAUUGAUGGUUGGAUCGUUCACUACGGUGCUCCACUUCGAAUUCACUCAGAUCAGGGGCGAAAUUUCGAAAGUUUGUUGGUACGAGAGUUGUGCAAGCUAUAUGGCAUUGAAAAGACACAUACCACUCCUUACUAUCCCCAAGGAAACGGGCAGACAGAGAGAUUUAACCGAACCUUGUGUGGUAUGAUUCGCUCCCUUGAUCCUGACCGUCGAAAGAAGUGGCCUGGGCUUAUUGGCCAGUUGGUAUUCUUGUACAAUUGUACUCCACAUGGUACAACUGGAUUGUCACCGUACCGACUUCUGUAUGGACGAGAGCCCAACACCCCACUGGACCAACUCAUAGGGAAUGGAAAUGCAGAUUGGGAUGAAGACUUUGUGUCAGAACACUCUAAGUCACUCCAACAGGCCCACAUGUUAGCGCAGCAGAAUAUGGAAAUGAUACAGAAUAGUGAGAAGAUGAGGCAUGAUGCCCUCCCUAUGAGUUCACCUCUCAACAUCGGCGCAAGGGUACUACUGAAGAAAUGCGCAUUUGAAGGACGUCAUAAACUUGAAGACAAGGUCUUAAGGGAUCCCUUCAUUGUGACAGCAGUGAAUGAGAUGGGUGACGUGUAUAAAAUCCGACCCAUGUUUGGAGGACCAACAAAGGUGGUCAACAGGAGAUUGUUGAUUCCUGACCCGCGGGAGGAAAUAGCAAUUCCUACUCCACAGGAUAAGCCAGAGGACAGAGUGAAGUCACAACCAUUGCCCACUUCAGAGAAUACUACCCCCUACUUCACCUUCUUGUGGGAACCCUCACAGCCUGAUAGGCUUACAUCUGGUGAAGAGAGACCUGUCACCCUUAAUCAAAAUGGCUCUUGCGGAGAGAAUGAGUCCACUGGUAGAAAUGUUCCUAGUGAAGAAGCCAAUGUGGCUGAAGAUGCCAUACCGCAGAAUGAACCCCUUGAAGACGACAGAUCUCGACAUGAUAACAUGAAUCAUGAGGUCGAGCGUCGGAGGUCCCGUCGUGUGAACAAGGGACAACACAGAAAUCGACUACAUCUCCCAGUGUCGGUAUUACCAAAGUGAAGUGAAAAGAUUAUUUCUUUUAGAGAGACUUUUUAUCUU